UGACCUGACCUUCCUUACCACAUCCACACUCCCACAGACUGAAUCGCAUUAUUAAUCUCUACCCUCUACGGAUCCUGCGCGCGCGGUCCACGGAGUUAUCCCAGGCGCGUCGGCCGUUGCGCUGCGGGCGGAGCGGCUUUCACAUCUCCUGGCGGUAGACGCGAGCCGACUCUCUCCUAUAGAUAACCGCCUCCAGCUCUGAUCUCUCUCCGCAUAUCCCCUCUCCACAACUCUUCCCAUCCCGCAUAUAUACCAGAUACCACGUCGCCUUGCUGUUGCUCCUCUCUUCCCUUGCCUCGCAUCUGCUUACACUUCCUCACAUCUCCUCAAUUGCAUCCAUCGUCUGCCUACCCCUCUUCUCUAGACACUCUACGUCAGCUUCAGUGACCAUGGCCCCCUCCGCAACCGCCGAGUUCGAUGCCCUGAAACCCACGCCUCACGGCGCCGACAACACCAACAACAUCGAGGGUCUCGACCCCAAGUUCACCGCCAAUGUCAUCAAUGCCAUCGGCCCCAAGGCCUCUCCCCGCGUGCGCCAGGUCUUCUCCUCGAUGAUCCAACACAUCCAUGACUUUGCCCGCGAGAACCAGAUCACCGUCGACGAGUGGAUGCAGGGUGUCCAGCUCAUGAACUGGGCGGGUAAGAUGAGUGACGAGAAGAGAAACGAGGGACAGCUCGUCUGCGACGUGCUCGGAUUAGAAUCAUUGGUAGACGCCAUCACCUUCAAGCUGGCUUCCCAAGCUGGCGACACUGCCACAGCGAGUGCCAUCCUCGGCCCCUUCUUCCGACACGAUGCGCCGCUCCUCGAGAACGAAUCCUCGAUUGUGCACGGUGUUGACGACGGAGAGGUGACGUAUAUGCACGGCCGCGUCAUUGACAUGAAGACCAACAAGCCCAUUGCGAAUGCCUACAUUGAUGUUUGGCAAGCUUCCACCAAUGGCCUGUACGAGCAGCAGGACGAGAACCAGGUUGAGCACAACCUGAGAGGCAAGUUCAAGACCGAUGCCGAUGGACGAUACGCCUACUACUGCCUGAGACCAACCCCAUACCCCGUUCCUAACGAUGGUCCUGCCGGAAAGAUCCUUGAGCUGCUCGACCGACACCCAAUGCGCCCUGCCCACAUCCAUCUCAUCGUUGUGGCUGAGGGCUACAAGCCAGUUACCACCCAAAUCUUUGACAGAAUAGACCCUCACUUGACGGACGACUCUGUGUUCGCAGUGAAGGAUUCGUUGAUUGUAGACUUUGUGCCCAUCAAGAACAACCCGAAGGCGACUCUUGAGCUCGAGUACAACAUCGCGCUCGUCCCCAACUGAAAGCACGUUUCCUGACGUUCUUUUUUCUACUGUCUGAAACCAUUGGCUUCUGGUUGUCAGGGUGCAGGGGAGCAUUACUUCUUAAUUGAUUGCGGGCCCAGUUUGUGUGUCGCAGGUAGCUAGCUUAUACACAAUUCGCAUCUGCUGGAAGAUGGCACGGAAUAUGUACAGGUUGACCCAACCCCACUAUAUACCUCUAGUUAGGAGAAUUGCAAAGCCGAGGACGGUGUAGUUGCUUCCAUGGUUUUAUCGC